GGGGGCUGGGGCUGCAGCAGGACAAGCCAAGGCCAGCUCUUCCUUGUUCCUUCUCUAUUAUCUGCCUGGUAGUCUGUACUGUGGGUGCCUGGAUGGGUGAGAAGGCUGAGGUGCAAAGAGAAGAGGAGUCCCUGGAGGUCUUGUACCAGGAACAAGAAAUCCUCCUGCUGAGGGAGCUGGGCUGAAAGGUCCGCCCGGGGUCCCCGCCGCUCACUCGCCCUCGCGGCACCACUUCCGGCGCCCGGCCCCCAGGAACGGCCGUUCGGCGCAGCGUCGACCCCGCGCACCGAGACGCCGGGGUGUGUGUGCGGAGCCAGGGUUGAACUGCGGUAGCUUCUGCGCUUCCUUUGGCUUGGCACCCACUUCGUAUUGCCCUUGGAGUCUUGCCCGACCGUCUGCAAUCCAGUUCCUGGAUGAACUGGGGCCUCCCUUCACACCAAGGCCCAGCCACUCUCCCACGUGUCCGGGGCAGGCCCACCCUUAUCAGGGAGUGAUGGAAGGGCCCCAGGAGGUUGGGGAUGAGCCCCCAGACUCUCAGAGCCAUGCCACCGACUGGAGGUUUGCUGUAUGCAGUUUCAAGGAUGCCUGGGAGGAGGAUCCAACUCCCCAGGAGCAGGUUAAGGACCCCAGUCCCCCGAGACUACAGGGCAGCCCCUUGUCCAGGGAGCUACAAUUGUCUCCACAACAGAGAGCUGCAGAUGGGUCAGGGGAUGGCCAGAGGAGCACUUUAGGCGGCUCUUCAGUCCCGCCAGAGGAGCCACUCCCCUCCGUAGUACACAACCUCCCGUGCCCCCUGACCCCUUACCUCAGCCCAGGGGAAGACUUGGUAGGAAACCCAGGUCUAGGUGGGACGUUGCCAGCUGGCUUGGGCCCUGGGGCUUUGGACAACAACCUUGUGGACGUUGGAAACCCUUUAUCAGAGUCAUCACCAAAUUUGCCAGAGGCAGACUCCCACAGAUCUAGUCUACCUAAGCCUGCUGACUGCUUCCUAGCCCAAGACCUUCCCUGGGAGCUGCUGGCCAGUGGCAUGGCUUCUUUGCCAGGGACCCGUGAUGCAGAAGGCCGAGCAGUACUGCUUCUGUGUGCUCACAACCCAGCCUGGCUUCACCCCAAGUGCAGCAGCCGUGAACUUAUCUGCCUCCUUCUCUACCUUCGAGGCAUCACCAGGCCCGAAAUACAGGCCCUGGGACUGACCAUACUAGUUGAUGCCCGCAUUUGUUCCCCGAGGUCUUCACUCUUGUGGGGGCUCAGCCAACUACAGGAAGCAGCCCCAGGAUCCGUGCACCAGGUGCUGCUGGUGGGAAAGAUACCAGAUGAGGUGCCUUUGGGGCUGCAGCUUGAGCACCUGCCCUCUCAUCAGAGCUUGGUGACCCACAUCCCCACUGCAGGGUUGCCCACUUCACUAGGAGGAUGCCUACCUUACUGCCACCAGGCUUGGCUGGAAUUCCGGAUGCGCCUGGAAGUGUUACUGCAGAACUGCCAGGUGGUUUGUACCAUGCUUCAGGUGGCCAUCGAGAAUGUAAAGGUUGUGCCUCAGCCCACGGAGUCUGGGGAAGUUGGCCAGCUUCUACAGCAGGUACAGGUCCUGAUGCAACGGGUGCUAGACUCACCACAGCUGGCAUGGAUACAAUGCCAAGGGGGCUUGGAGAUGGUGUGGCUGAAGCAGGAGGUCCCAGAGAUUACCCUGAGCCCAGACUACAGGCUAGCAGUGGACAAGGCUGAUGAGCUGUAUGGCCGUGUGGAUGGACUACUACACCAGCUGACCCAACAGAGCAACCAGCGAGUACAAGCACUAGAAUUAUUCCAGGAACUGGAGGCCCAAGAGGGAAGGCUGCACCAGAUUGAAGUGUGGCUGCAGCAGGUGGGCUGGCCAGCUCUGGAGGAGCCAGGGGAGCCCUCUCUGGACAUGCUGCUCCAGGCCCAAGGCCCUUUUCGGGAGUUGGACCAGGUUGCUCAGGAACAGAUCAAGCAAGGAGAGAAGUUUCUGCAGUCACUGGCUAGCUGGGAGGCAGCUGACCUGGGUGCCCCUGGGACACGGUUUCUGGCCCUGCGGGCUCAGCUGACAGAAUUCUCUAGGGCUUUGGCUCAGCGGCGCCAGCGUCUCACAGAUGCUGAGAAGCUGUUUCAGUUUUUCAAGCAGGCUUCAACGUGGGCUGAGGCAGGGCAGCGGGUCCUGGCAGAGCUGGAGCAGGAGCAUCCACGGGUUGUGCUGCAGCAGCUGCAGCUGCACUGGACCAGGCACCCUGACUUGCCUCCUGCUCACUUCCGAAAAAUGUGGGCUCUAGCCACAGGUCUAGGUUCAGAGGGCAUUCGCCAGGAAUGCCGCUGGGCCUGGGCACAGUGCCAGGACACCUGGCUGGCCCUGGACCAGAAGCUAGAGGCUGCGUUGAAGCCAGCACUGCCAGGUAGCACAGCUACCCUAUGCAUGAGCCGGGUCCCUGCUCCAGCUGCCACCCCUCCCCUGAGGAAGUCUUACAGCUUUGACCAGAAUCUGGGGCAGAGUCUCAGUGAGCGCGUCAAGCACUACCACCACGCCACCAUCGUUGCUGCCUGCCAUGGACCAGAGGCUGGAGGAGGUCCCCAGCCCAGGUUAUUCACAACUACUAUGCCUCCACCAGGCAGCUCUGACUUCAGAAGCCCCAACAGGCUACAGCUGGUCCUGGCAGAGAUGGUGGCCACAGAGCGAGAGUAUGUCCGGGCCCUUGACUAUACCAUGGAGAACUACUUCCCUGAGCUGGAUCGCCCUGAUGUGCCCCAGGGCCUCCGAGGCCAGCGUGCCCACCUCUUUGGCAACCUGGAGAAGCUGCGGGACUUUCACUGCCAUUUCUUCCUGCGUGAGCUGGAGGCUUGCACCCGACACCCACCUCGAGUAGCCUAUGCCUUCCUGCGUCAUAGGGUGCAGUUUGGGAUGUAUGCACUCUACAGCAAGAAUAAACCUCGUUCUGAUGCCUUGAUGACCAGCUAUGGUCACGCCUUCUUCAAGGACAAGCAGCAAGCACUAGGAGACCAACUGGACUUGGCCUCCUAUCUGUUAAAGCCCAUUCAGCGCAUGAGCAAGUAUGCACUGCUGCUGCAGGAGCUGGUGCGGGCCUGUGGGGGCCCUGUGCAAGAGCUGAAUGCCUUGCAGGCAGCCCAGAGCCUUGUACACUUCCAGUUGCGACAUGGCAAUGAUCUGCUCGCCAUGGAUGCCAUCCAGGGCUGUGAUGUUAAUCUCAAGGAGCAGGGGCAGCUGGUGCGACAGGAUGAGUUCAUGGUGCGUGCUGGGCGCCACAAGUCCCUGCGCCGGGUUUUCCUCUUUGAGGAGCUGUUGCUUUUCAGCAAGCCUCGCCGUGGGUCCACAGGUGUUGACACAUUUACCUACAAGCGCUCCUUCAAGAUGGCAGACCUUGGCCUCACUGAGUGCUGUGGGGAUAGCAAACUGCGCUUUGAGAUCUGGUUCCGCCGGCGCAAGGCCAGGGAUACCUUUGUGCUACAGGCCUCCAGCUUGGACACCAAGCAGGCCUGGACAACUGACAUUUCCCGCCUGCUCUGGAGGCAAGCUGUUCACAACAAGGAGGUGCGCAUGGCUGAGAUGGUGUCCAUGGGUGUGGGGAACAAAGCCUUCCAGGACAUUGCCCCCAGUGAAGAAGCUAUCAACGACCGCAGCAUCAACUAUGUCCUAAAGUGCCGAGAAGUUCGCUCUCGGGCCUCCAUUGCUGUGGCCCCGCUUGACUAUGAGAGCCCCUAUUUGGGGGCCUCAAACCCCAUUCCUGGAGACCCUGCUUCUUGCUCUGUUUUGGGGCCCCUCAACCUGCACCUGUACAGAGACCCUGCUCUUCUGGGUUUCCACUGGCCCCGGUACCCUCCCAACUUCCCAGAAGAUGCAACGCUGGAGGCCGAGGUGGAGCUGGGCAGCCAGCCCUCUUUGACUCCUGAGGACUCUGAGGUCUCAUCCCAGUGCCCAUCAGCCAGUGGCUCCAGUGGCUCUGACAGCAGCUGUGUGUCAGGGCAGGUCCCGGACAGAGGACUUGAGGACUUGUCCUAUGUAUGAGCCCAGGCUUGAAGGGAAACAGUGGAUCCAGCAGCUCCAAGGAACAUUAUCACCUGGCUAGAUCUGCAUGACCAGGGCAUCGCUGGCAACCGGGCCACCUUAUUCUACCACCUACAUGUGCAGCCAUGUUGACUGUUCUAAUUUCUGUGGCCAUUGACCAACUGGCCCCGGGCCUCUGCAGGAGAGUCUGGCUGCAGAGCCUGAACAAGCACUCUGACCCAGGUUCCUGGCCCCAUGUCUUCUUCUCCUGCCCCCUCUCCAGCUCCCACCCCAGUUGUAAAUUAGAAGGCCAGGACAGAGAGCAGGUAUUUCCAUGCUGUAGGUUGGUGGAGUACCAUAUGGCUCUGGGCAGUUAUUGCUUCCCCUAGUCCUCAGGAGACACACAGAUGGGUUCCCAGCAGCUAUUCCCCAAUCCCUGGCCUUAGUGCUGAGCACUCCCCCAGGGACCAACCCAUCCCCCUGAGCCCUUGGCUUUGCCUGUCCUGGCUCUCCAGGCCAGUCCCUUAUUUUCUGGGCUAGUGUCGUUCUUUUGACUUAAUGCCUACUGAACAGCUUUCAGUUGGAAUUGUCUACUAUUUUCUCAUUGGUCACUAGACCUUUGGUAUCUCAGAGGAGUUUCAGGUCUUUGAGUUGUGAUUUACAGUUUUAUUUGUUUAUAAUAAAACAAAAACAAACAAAAAAAA